ACCGAUGCUAGGGUAAAGUUUGGUGGAAUUGCAUACGGAUUCAAAAGCUUGCACUAACAACCUAUCCCACCUCACACCCAAAAAUAAAUGCCACAGGGGCUGCGCAAAAAAAUCGUUAUUGUAGGAGAUGGUGCGUGCGGGAAAACUUGUCUGCUGAUUGUGUUCAGCAGAGGCACGUUUCCAGACUAUUAUGUACCCACAGUAUUUGAUACUUUUGUUACGGAUAUAACGGUCGAUGGCAAGCAGGUAAAACGGAAUUUCGCUCGAGCUGAAUUCAUUAAGGUGGAACUUUCUUUGUGGGAUACUGCCGGUCAAGAAGAUUAUGAUCGUCUGAGAACCUUAUCUUACCCAGAUACACAUGUGGUCAUCAUGUGCUUCAGUAUAGACUCCCCAGAUAGCCUAUUAAAUAUACGUGAAAAAUGGAUCAGUGAGGUGCGCUAUUUUUGCGAGAGCGUCCCAAUUAUUCUCGUUGGGUUAAAAAAAGACUUGCGUAAUGAUGUUCCCACCAAGAUCAGCCUGCAACGUAUGAAGCAAGAACCAGUAAAAUAUGAGCAGGGACGCGCAAUGGCUAGUGAAAUUGGAGCAGAGGCCUACCUGGAAUGCUCUGGUUUGUAGUGCGUUUUCUCCUCAUCUGUUUGCAAUUCACAGCGAAACAUCAGGAGGGUGUCAAAGAGGUAUUUGAGGCCGCCACACGGUCAGCACUCCGGAGAAAAAAGAAAGUGUCUGGCUGUAGUACUAUGUGAAAGCUGGUUACAGAAUAGGAGUAGCUCGUCUUCCUGUACCCCAAAAAUACUGUAUUUACUCUUAUUUCUCAUUUGUUUUUGCUUUGCGAGCUUAUUUCUUUUAUCCACCACGAACAAAAUUCCCCGUAUUUUCAGAAAAUUUUACUGUACAUAUAUUUGCAUUUCAAUAAUAUAUUCCACUUGUCACA